AUGUCAGACAUAUCUCAACCACAUGCACAGUACGACACCCAAAAUGAAGUGAUGUGGUUCAUCUCUGUCCAAAAGGAACCCUCCUGGGAUCAGGACCGCUUCCAGCACGAAUACCAUAAUGUUCACGCCAACCUCGCCCGCGUUGGUCACCAGCACAGUGGUCUACCACUCAACUAUGUCCAAUUUGGCGCCAUGGAUCUUCAAGACCCCAACAACCUCUGCGGCGACAUGGACGACGAUCCGUGGGACUUUCUUUCGUGUCUGUACUGGCCAAGCACAAGUGUCGUCUGGAGGAGCUUCCAGGACCCGGUGUACCACGAGUCGGCUGGCAAGCACAUCUUCUGCCGCCAAGACCAAAAGGGCAUCCUGGCCAAGAGAGUUGGAGCAUUGGGCGUUGCGACAGAGAGGUUUGCUGAGCAGGGAAAUUUCGCGAUCCAUGUUUUCCACCGCAGAGCCACGGCGGGCGACAAGGUCAGCGCGGCCUGGGUGGAGGAGCGGAUGAAGCUCGCGGAACGCUGGAGCAAGACGAGAAGGGUCUUGUAA